UAAUCGGUAUCUCAGUCCCUUGAUCAAUCACUAGGAAACAUUUAUUCCUAAAAUUGGCUUUCAGAACCUUAAAACAUGACCAUAAGUCUGAUUUUCACUGACUAGUAAUAUCUAUACAUCGAAAUCGAUCAUACAAUGGUGGUAGUAAAUACUAUGAAACUUAUUUUGUGGUUCUAAAAGCUCAUUUUUUAUAAGCUACCUUCGUAAUAAUUGGUCCAUGAACUGAGUGUUUAUUUGUUGUCUUGUUUUUACUUUUCUUUUUAAUUUACAUGCCGAUAGAGGCUGAAAUCUGCAAUUGAAAGAGCUGGAGGCAUUUUGCUGAACUAAAAGUUGGGGAUUCACCUUAAUCACGUAUGCAAAAGAAUUGAGCAAAAAUCACCCUUACAAAUGCAUUACUCUGAUCCAGCGUCUUGAAUGAAACAAAUUUGGCAAAUAACACGGAUUUACAUUAAUAAAUAUGCUCCUCCUGUUGAGUUAAAAUUUACCGGAUGUUUUCCACGGAAAUUGAUGAAGUAACAUUAAGGAAUUAAAAACUGUUUUUCCCGCUGAUAAAUAUGCCUAAUCAUCAAUUAUAAAGGAAUACAGAUAAAGUUUUUGACUCUUGUGUAAAGUACCAGUACCUCACAACAAUUAUCGUAGAAUUAAAGUACUUGUAGGGUUAUAUUAUACUUUAUGAUGAUAGGUACAUGUAAUGAAGUUAUCGUGCCGAAAUUGGUAUUGUUCUUUCCAAUGCUUAUGUAUUCAACUACUUAUCGAUGCAAGAAAAAACACUGAAAAAUAUAGUUUGGCCUGUUUGUAAAAGGUGGUUAAAUAGUGCUGGGUCUACAUGUUUUUGCGAGGAGAGCAAGACCAAAAAUUUCAACAAUUCCUAUUGGUGUAAAAAAUUUGGUGUAAUGAUCAUCAAUACCUACAAGACUGAAAAGAUGGAGGGUGUUUGGCUCAGACAGAUGUAUUGGAACCAAGGUGGACUCAGCAAUAUUUUACCACCUUACUUCUUAUAUAAGCAUUCGAUAUUUUAUCUAUAUUUUUUACAGUGCAUAUCUACACUUUUUUGAGCAAUAAUCAUGAAGCAAGAAGCGGCUUCAUUGAUGUUCGUUUUUGCGACUGUCCAACUUUUUCUCUGCAUAUGUGCAAAAAGAGAGAGGGAUUUAGUAGAUGAUUGGGAUUAUUUUAAGAAUGUCCGACUCCGCGAGUCGGUCUGGCCCAGGGUGACCGGGAAAAACACCGAACUACAUAUCAGCUCAACUUCAAAGUCCCGCACUACGGACGAUCGAGAAGUUCAGACGAUGCAUCAUCCCUCCGAUUUCGUUCCAUCAAGCUCAGAAUUUUCUGAAAUCCGACGUAGCAAAGCUUUCGUUGACAAGACGUUUUUUCUCCACGAAUGGCUGACUCAGCGACCAAAACAAUGGUACGUGACCGCACCCCCUGGCUUCGGAAAGUCCUCCCUGGCGAAGAUGGCUGUCCAAUUCCUGAAUGCCUCGACAGAAGUUAUCAACGGGAGGACAAGGUUCCACAGCUGGCGCGAGACAGCCGCUUACAGUCUCUUUGAAGGCACGGAAAUAUUCGGAAUGAAAAAAUUCUUCCAAGAGCACUUCCAGAACUACGCUGUCAUUUACAUAGAUCUAAGCCCUCUUAGUUGCACGACAGAAGCUUUUUAUAAAAAUAAACCUAUCUUCAAUCAAGACUUUCACCAAAGAUUUAAGAUGGUAAUAAAGGAAAUGAUGAGCUAUUACCCAUCACUCCUUUCUCACGAGGACAUGAAUGCUGCAGAGUUAAUGAGCUUCAAAAAAUACCUCGAAGAAGGGAUGAACGAUGCAGUCACUCCCAGUAAAUUCUGGAAGAGCGCAUCAUUUCUGAAGAAACUCUUACGAAAAUGCAUAAAGAAACCCGUCAUAGUGAUUGUAGACUCUUACGAUGCAUUGUGCAAACCUUGCAUGAUUCAGGAUAAAGCGAAAGUACAGAGAACCUACGUAGGUUCAUUUAUAAUUGAGUUCAGUAGAAUGAUCCUCUUGGACGGGAGGACGCAAGCUCUUUAUUUAGGAACUUUCAACACCGAAGAGUUAAUGCUGAUAAAACCAUCUGAAUUUAAAAAUUCGCCAAGAAAAAUGCACCAGAUUCAACAUACUGCCUUUUCGAGCGAUGAGCGAAUCGCAAAGUAUUUUGGACUGUCAGAGAAGGAAGUUGCAAACAUAUUGGGGAAAUAUUCGAUGCAAGACCACCUCAGUUUAGUGAACGACCUCUUGAAUGGACAUGCAGUUUUAAAUUCGUCUGUGACUUUGUUCAACACUAGAUCUGUACUUUCCUACAUGGAGAAUCGGAAUACUACAUCCAGUGCUUUGACUUUGCCAUUUACCACUGAAAUUUUGCAUGCUUUUGAGAAACUAUUCUUAAAUACAUGGAUCAGCGACGUGUUAACCCAGUGUAUAUUCAGGGAGGAAGCUGAGAUCUUGAUAUCACCCCAAGUUUUGCUAAAUUUUGAAAGCUUUUCAAGGCUGAAAUAUUUACUUGAAAAUAGUAAGGCAUCCGUUAAAGAAACGGCUAAGUCGGUUGAUGUUCUAACGUCCAUCAAAAUUUUCCAGUUCCUGGGGUUAAUAUCGGUUACUGAAGAAAGAGGUGAUCUUUGCGUUUACAGAGUGUCAAGUCGCACUGACGCUGAGCUUAUGAAUGGUUAUCUGUGUAAAAGCGGGAGUGUCCAGAGAUUUUUUGGAAUUAGCCCACAGAAUGAAAUGACAAUGAUUAGUGCGGUAAGAGGUCUAGCUCCGAACAAUGAUUCUCUUCAGCGUUUUGGCGAAGCCGUUUAUAACAUUGUGAAAGUGAAAGCUCCAGACGCUGAGUAUCAGCUGAAAGCUUUACUGUAUGUAUAUUCAAGAAAAGUUGCAACGUAUCACAGUGACGACUUUGAGAUGGAAGCUGGGAUUACAUCCCUUACUGGGAAACUUCCACACUUAAACGAGGAUGGUACACCUGGCGCUAAAGAGAAGAUUGACAUAAUUAUGGUACUAAAAAGUAAGGGAAUAGGAAUCAUUCUAGCAUCCAAAUUUAAUAAAAGUGCAACUUCUGUAUUGAAAAAAAUGACGGAACACAAAUAUCUGGACGUUUUUGACUCUGAUUCUCGCUUUUCAAAGCUUGAAAUUAAAAGUAAAAUGAUGAUUGGAAUCUCCGUAUCGCAAAAUAAAUCAGUGGAAAUUGCGGCAGAAGCGUGGCAUCAGAAUGACAAAAUCGUUUUAAAGCAAAUUGUAUUUAAUGGCGCCAGUUCCGCAUGAUAUCUAUUUUAAAGAUAGAUUCCUUUAAAAAUUCUUCAAAAAACACGAGUGUGCCUUUAUUUACUUUUUUACUUGUUAGGCGAUCUUUGCUUCCGACCAUCUACUCUUGCAGAGACAAAGAUCUGAAUAAAAUGACAAUAAACACAUUUUUCUUUCACAAA